CAAUCGAUCAGCCUGAGUGGUAGGUUUUAAUGCAAUUCUGUCUACCACCAGGUGGGUCAGGGUGAGUAAGAUAUUGUCAAGUGUUUGGAUGACUGGACUCUGGCCUGUCAAUAUAGAUGACUCGCUCGGCCCACUGGUCAAAUCGGAGAUCAAUUCUCUCAGCGUAUUUAUGCUUAAUAAGCCUCAACCAGCUACAGAAGGUGGGUGUCAUCUGAUUUGACAUGCUGUGGGAAUGCUGGUGUCGACAGACGGAUUACACAUUGGCUCUGUAGCACCACUUGUCACAUCACUCAUGAGAUAAUAAGACGUGACAACCUUCGGCUACUGAUGAACAUGAACCUCCUGACAAGGUUUGUAUGCUUCUGUGAUGCUUUGUGUCACUGGAUGACAAUAAGGUGGUGCUGAACCUGAAACAAUACAGACCUAUCUGUUUCCGUGAAACAAAGUUAGACUGUGACAGUUUGUGUUUGUAAACAACAGGAUUGGUGUAUCUAUCAUCAGGAGUGAUCUGACAGAGGCUGGCCACACUUCCACAGCAAACUGUGUGAUAUUGAAAGAGUUUAGAGACAGAGUUAAAUAAGUGACCUCACUUGUGUAGCUGAGGAAUUAAGAGGAGUUUCUUAGACUGGUGGUUAAAGAGUUUGGUGUUCCUUCCUCUUUGGCGGCAGCAGUGUUAGAUGAGUGUUGUCCGAGGGAACUGCUGUAGACGAUCCUGGUCCUGGCAUGAUCUUGCCAGUGUCAUCAGAAACACUGUCACAUCUACACAAAGUUUACCGUCAACCAUGACCAAAGUGUCACGCUUGUCUGAUCUGUACAGGUACCUGGUUCACCAUCACCACACCUAUGCAAACUUCCAGGGCAAUAGAAUGGACGAGUUUGGGGACGAGUUUCGUUCCAUCAACCAUUCUGAGAGGAUGAUGAAGAAAAUGGAGCUUUAUGUGAACAAAAACACUCUAUGUGAUGUUACCCUUAUCGCUGGAACAAAGCGCAUUCCAGCGCACAGACUCGUCCUCAGCGCAGCCUCAGACUACUUUGCAGCAAUGUUCACAAGUGAUGUCCGAGAAGCUACGAUGUCUGAGAUCAAGAUGAAAGAUGUGGACCCAGAUGCAAUGGUGUCCCUCAUAAACUACACAUAUACAGGUAAGAUCGAGCUGAAGGAGGAGACUGUGGAGAGCUUGCUGUCCACGGCGUGUCUGCUGCAGCUGUCGGAGGUGGUGGAGGCAUGCUGCAGCUUCCUCAUGAAGCAGCUCCACCCCUCAAACUGUAUCGGCAUCCGCCAGUUUGCUGAUGCUCAGGGAUGCACCAACCUCUACAAAGUGGCCAACAACUACGUGAUGGAGAACUUUGUGGAGGUGAUGAAUAACCAGGAAUUCCUCAUCCUCCCCUCGGAGGAAGUCUGUCACCUCCUUGCCAGCGAUGACCUCAACGUACCUAAUGAAGAAACCAUCUUCGAAGCUCUGGUCAAGUGGUCCAAACAUGAUCUGAACAACAGGAAAAAAUGUCUUCCCAAACUUCUAUCUCACAUCAAGCUUCCACUGAUGGCGCCACAGUUUAUUGCGGACUGUGUGGAGACGAAUCCCCUGUUCCGGGAUGACAAGGAAUGCCAGACACUCAUCAUGGAGGCCCUCAAGUAUCAUCUGCUCCCAGAGAGGAGGUCCUCUUUCCAGAGCCCCCGCACCAAGCCCCGCAAGUCCACAGUAGGGGUCAUGUAUGCCGUCGGUGGCAUGGACUGUACAAAAGGGGCCACAAGCAUUGAGAAGUAUGACCUCCGCACCAACACAUGGACGCAGGUAGCCAACAUGAAUGGUCGCCGGCUGCAGUUUGGUGUUGCUGUCUUGGAGGACAAGUUGUUUGUUGUUGGGGGCCGAGACGGGCUCAAGACUCUGAACACUGGAGUGCUACGACCCCAAGUGGAGUGCUACGACCCCAAGAAGAAGUCCUGGACACUAAUGCCACCAAUGUCAACCCACAGGCAUGGUCUAGGAGUGGGUGUUCUGGAAGGACCAAUGUACGCAGUGGGAGGACAUGAUGGCUGGUCGUACCUCAACACGGUGGAGCGAUGGGACCCCCAGGCUCGACAGUGGAGCUACGUUGCCCCCAUGUCCACCACACGCAGCACCGUCGGUGUCGCCUCCCUUACUGGGAAAUUGUUUGCUGUGGGUGGCCGUGAUGGAAGCUCCUGUUUGAAGUCUGUGGAGUGUUUUGACCCACACACCAACAAGUGGACACACUGUACCCCAAUGUCCAAGCGGCGGCGGGGUGGUGUGGGCGUGGCUACGUGUAACGGGUUCCUGUAUGCUGUCGGGGGGCAUGAAGCUCCAGCUACCAACCCUACUUGCAGCAGAUUUGAGUGUGCAGAGAGAUAUGACCCCAAGACAGACCAGUGGACCAUGAUUUCCCCAAUGGGCUCCCCACGAGAUGCUGUCGGUCUCUGCCCACUUGGAGACAAGCUGUUUGCUGUGGGGGGUUAUGACGGCCAGCAGUACCUCAAUGAUGUGGAGUCGUAUGAUCCCAUCACCAAUGAAUGGACCAAGGUUGCGUCACUGUGCACGGGUCGAGCUGGCGCGUGUGUGGUCCAUGUACCUUCUAGCUGACUAGCAAGAAAGCGGUCGCUUGCCUUGCUCAAGAAGUGGCCAUCUGGACUCCUACACUUGAAGAAGGUCAAGUCUCAGCUGUCUACCUGGCUCUAAUCAGCAUGUUACCAUGACAACCAUCAUGUUUUGGUGAUUGUCAUCUUCCAAGUCUCAGGAGUUUGAUAACCAUCAUUUCCAUCUGUAUCUGCAAUGAUUCCAUUCAUCUCUCUGACUGUCCCUCACCUCUUCGAUAAGUCUUUGAGAUGAAACUAACUUCACUCUUCAUUGUCAAAACACUGAACAUUUCUCUACAGUUUAGUAUAGUACAGAGAUUCUCCCAAGUGUUUGGGGACCCAUUUGCAAGUAUGACUAGUCUGAACCUGUCUCAGCUGGAUCAGACCAGGGAAAUCCAGCUGUGUUCUUUAUGUGCUGUCUGUGGAAGGAGAUGUGAUUGCUAGAGACGACUUGCUGACCUGAUGGUAGACAAGUAUGAGUUUGUCCACUGUAAGGAAUCAAGAAAGAUUCCAUCUUGGGUAUCUGUGAGUGACUGCUUCUAUUCGCUGCAUCCAUUGGCUGGCAAGCUCAAUGCUGCUUCUGAUGGAUAAGUCCAGCUAGGAUUCUGACAGUUAUUGUUUGAUUCAGGAUUUUGUCAGUGUGGAUUCUGUAAGCAUUGUUUCUAUCAGAGAUGCCUCAGAAAGCCUAUAUGGCAGUGAUUGCUCAGAUUUACUGCACUGGGUUAUUAAUGUGAUAUGAAAUGCUUCUUUGGAGUCCUUUUUGAGUCAUUGUGGUUCAUUACUGGUGACAAUAAGACAUAUUUGAUUUGUGAGCAAAUGUUUGACUGAUAAUCAAGCUUGUGUGAAAUAAGCAUCAAAAGUGCUGUGUUAGACGAGAUAGAACUUGUAUCCUGUAAUUGUGAACAUCAUGGAUGGAGUGAUUUCUCACUGUUUCCUGAUCGAGAUGUUGAUGGAGACAAGUUACAACCAGGUUUGUGACAUCUAAAGCCUAGAGAAAAGGGAGAAGUCUGACACGAUUCAUCUGACUGAGACACCAGAGACUGUUGGGUGGAAGUUUGCAUGUUUGUGAUUUUUGACAAAAAUACCCAUUCACUUUCAGAAGACAGUUGAUAUGCAAAAUGUUUCGAAUGUUUCAACAGUUUGUCAUGAAAAAAAUGGUGUGUUCUGUAUCUAGUGAUGAAGAUCUAGCUUCAAGAUGAGCGAGAUCCUGGCAUUUAGUGAUGAGAGGGUGAUCCAUAUAUUUGUCAUGCGAGACUAUUCAAAAGAAACACAUAUCGCAAAUAUUGAAACGUGAGUUGAUUGCAUUGUUACAUAGGACCUGAUUCUGUGGUGCUGAAAAGUGUGCCUUAACUCAAGCCCAUUCAAGAGAUCUUUCAAAGUCAGUGCUCAACCCCAUUGGAAAUGUAAACAGCGCAGGACGUUGUUCUUUCUGUCAACUUCUGCAUCCAUAGCAAUUUAAUGGAUAAGUGUGCAAUGAGAUUAUGUAAAAUUCAUCUCUUAUUCAAUUAUCAAUGCAAAAUAUUGUAAACUGUAUUGCUUUAUAUUAGUCUCUAAAUGUAUGGAUUUAAAUAUAUUUUGAUGUUUAUCAAAAUGUUUUUUAUGAACAAUGAAAUGUUAUUCUUCACACUAUUUUGGGGAUUCUUGGUCUGCAAUGCUUUGUUAAAGCUUCACAAAUGUAUUACCAAAAUGUUAAAUGUGAUUGUGUACAGUGCAGUCAGCUAAUCAAUCAAUGUGUAUUUGAAAUCAAAUUACAUUCAGUAUGGUUAAAUCAUUUAGCUGACCAAAUAUUGUUCAGGGACAAUAUUAUUUAACUACAGCAUGUUUUGUGUAGCAGUUCAGACUUGAUAUUUUAUAGGAUCUGCUUGUGGUGUUUGACCUGAUAUUUAUUUACAUAUAUAGAAUACUAUGGUGUCUUGCCUAUGGUGUAACUGAAAUAUAUUUAAAGUAAUGGAUAUUUUUCUAGUCAUGGAAAAAUAAAUGGCAGAAUGUGCUUCAGUAAGCCUUGUAGUUAGACCUUUCUGCUUGGUAGGAUCUGUGUAAUAGGGCUCAAUGGAUGGAUGUUAAUUUAUGAUAACGACUGCAAAAUUUACUUCAUAUUAACAAUUUGAUUGUGGAUCCUGAUAGCGUUUCUCUGCACAUAAUUUCAUGGAAUUUAUUGCGUUUAUGACGAAACGAGUCUGAGGGUUGAUCUGUCCAUUCUGAAUUUCUGUUGAUCUUUUAUGAAGGGGAAUCUAUUUUGAAAACAUAUUUUCUGAUGUUGUUGAUUUUAUGAAAAUACUAGAACAAAAUAAGUGCAAUGUACUCUUGUUACAUUGUGCAGUGUAAAUCAAAUUUUACCAAUUUGCAACUUGUCAUUCACUUUUGAAUAGUUCUUAUUUGCUUGUUCUUGUAGUUAUACACAUGUAAGAAAUGUUGUCUAUUUAAAAAUCACUCGCAAUCUGUUGAAGGUUAUUUUGUUGUUAGUCUUGUUACUAUACCAUCUUUGCUGUGCAAAUACAUCCAUCGUUUAGCUGUGAAAUUGUAGCUCUGUACGGCUUUUACUAUCCAGCAAUGUCAGAUAGUGAGUUUUACAGAUCAAGAGAGAAUGGGUAUGAGU